GAUCGAACAGGAGCUCUCGGCACGGGCGCUCGGUGUGGGUUAUGCGCGACCCGCUUGUAUCAUUUUAAAGUGUGCAGGCAAUCAAACACAGAAAUUGUUCGAAUGUAGGUUGCAGCUACACGUAUCCGAAGAAGACAGCAGAUUUCGCAGCAACAGAAAAGUGGAUAUAAAAGACGGAAGAAUGAAUAGGAUAUAGUAAGUCCCAGUUUCAAAGCCAACCAAGCAGCCAACAUGAAGUUCACAUUCGCCUUCGUCUUGAUUGCUCUGUUCGCGGUGUUCGCCGUCUCCCAGGCACUGCCUCAACCUGAGCAGGCCGCCGCUUCCAGCAACGAUGGAGCCAGCGCUAUCACCAAGAUCGUGCUAGAGCUUACCCCGGAGCAGGCCGCCGCAGUUCAGAAAAUGGGAGGCCGCGGAUUCUGGCCUAUCAUGAUGAAGAGCGUCAAGAAGGUCAUGGCCAUCGGUUGUGAUCUGAUUGAUUGCUAGAAGCUACAUAAAGUGUCAAUAAACGAUGUGUGAAAAAUAGAGCAUACAAAAACUGGAAUUUAUUUCACUGUCUUCAGCCAGAUGACCAAAUCAUCCACUCAGGUUGUGUGAAAAUCUUUGUCCAAAAUAGUCGACGAGCCUUAUUACGAUCUUUUCACUAUGUUAGGUGUACGCCAUGCUUUAUGUUCCACAUUAUUGUUGUUGAUGUGUGUCCGAACACAUAAUUAGCCCAGUCUCUGGGUACUGGGUACAAUAAAUGGUCAAUUAACACUUCUUCUAUUUGGCUCCCUAGGUGUACA